AAAAGCCCUUUGCGAUUGGGAAUCUCUUCACUCUAUCAAACGAGAUACGCCAAAGAAGAGCCUGUUAAAUGAAUAUUUCGUUCGUGUCGUAAGACAAACGUACAUUAAUAGAUUGAACUUUGUUAAGCAUUUGUUGAUAUCCUCGCAUUUUGUGUUUGUACAUUGAGUACGAUCAACGAAUUUCUACAUAUAUCUUGUCACCUAAAUAUGUUCAGGGGUCGGAGUGGCCAUGGAAUCAAUGGGCUUCUAUGAGAGUGACUUUGGUGACAAGUUAGAUUUUUCUGAAUCAGCCUUUUUUCCGGACAAUUUUGGUGGACUAGAAGGUGACGAAGACUCAAUUGAUUUUUCUGCAUUUUUGAAUUCAAGUCAAAACGAGCCGAGUGUUCUUCCCACUACUGUUGUUGGUAGACAAGUUGAGAGCUUUCCAACGUUAGGUAAUUUGGACAACCUAUUCGUAGGCCAGCAGAUGCAAAGCACAUAUUCAACCAUAUUGCCAAGUACUGUUAAACAAGAACCUGUUGACGUGAGUUACUCGUGUGAAUCUUCUGUUUCAAGUCCGAAUAAUCAAUCUGAGACAAUGCCCCAGCAAAACUUUUACAACAAUUUACAUCAGCCGUCGAUGGGGCUGACUGGAAACGACAACAUCCAGUCACCUUACGUCUCACAAGCAUCAUCGCCGACGAGUACAACUUCGUCUUGCAAAGCCACACCAGCAAGCAAGACCCUAAGUAAAUCAGCGAAACGACAAAGGCAAGUGCCUGAGAAAGGAACACAUGAGUAUUUACAAAAACGGGAGAAGAACAACGUUGCUGUACGGAAAAGUCGAGAAAAAAGCAAGAAGAAGGCUGUGCAACUUCAAGAUAAGGUGAAACAACUUACUGACGAAAAUGAUCGCUUAAACAAAAAGGUUGAACUUCUUACCAAAGAGCUGUCCGUAUUAAAACAGCUUUUUACGAACGUUGGUAAACAAGUCCCCCACGAACUCAAAAGCUGUUGAGAAAGGGGUUAUGUGACUUGCCACCAUUCCAGUGUCAUUGUGUACAUAUUGUUAUAUAGGCCUAGGCCUAAACUAAAUGGAACAAUUACUUGCUUGUACUGUACUCAGUAUGGGACAUAGAGAUGAUGUAUUUUUGCAGUUUUCUUUUUAUAUUAUUAGCUUCAUAUGAGUCUGCAUACUGUAACCUGACCAGAUACAUGUCUACUAGACCUGUAAACUUUUUGUUAAAAGUAUUAUGUUCAUUGUGUGUCAUGUAUAUAUUAAUAUAGGCAUAUACUUGGCUAAAAAUACUAAAAAUUAUAGAUAUAUUGAAUAUAGUACAAAAUUAUUAAUUACAAAAACCAUUGAUUAUAUUUAAAGAUGUUAAUUAGUAACUUGUAUUCUAAACGUAAUACACCACUUUUUUUAUUGUGUAACAUGUUAAGUGUCAUAAAAAGACGCAUUUGUAUUAAGAAAAAAAGAAAUAUUUGCCUUGUGGUUGUGUGGAUAUAGAUGUAAAACACUUUUUGAUUGCAAUAUAUGAACGAUAUCCGUCAAUGAGAAAAUUUUAGAAAUGCAAUUUGCGUUGUGGAUAUUUUUUAAAGGCCUUUUUUUUGGGGCAAGCAUGCUAAGCAUGUAACAAGUAUUUUUGUAGUGAGUGACCAAGAUUUACGUUCUUAUCCAAGACACUGUUCACAUAUGUUUUUAAAGCAGUGGGCCCACGUUAUUUAUAGUAGAGACGAAACUGCGUACAUUUGCUCUAAGCGGUUAAUGAGUACUCGAUAUAUAAUGUAGAUGUACAUGUAGGACUUAAUAAAUGGGCUGUGUAGUUUUGAAGAAUUAAAAUUUGUGGUGAUUAUAUUAUUAAAGGGAAUGUUUGUACAUUUACCAUAUUAGAUCAGUUUAUUACAAGUUAUAUGAAAUAAAACUGAAUAUUUUAUGAUACACA